AUGAAUUUAGGAACAUGGAACGUACAAGGCCUCUCCACCAAAAUCAAUGAAGUUCUACGAGAAAUAAGACAACUAAAUAUGGAUAUAGUGGUGCUAACGGAAACAAAGAAGAAAGGUCAAGGUUCAGAAAAUUUGGGUCAUUAUGAUCACUUCUAUUCGGGAAUAUCUAAGGACAAACAAGCUCAGAAAGGAGUAUCUAUAUUAAUUAAAAAAAGUUUAAGAAAAUACGUGUCAUCGUGGGAAGCAGUCAAUCAACGAAUUAUCAAAAUAAAUAUAGCUAUUUGCGGAAACAAAACGACAGUCAUAGGAACAUAUGGGGUAAAUGAAGACGACACAGUAAAUAACAAAGAUGACUAUUUUGAAUGUUUGUCCGAAGAAAUUUCUAAAAUAGGCACCUCAAGAGAGGACAGUGUAAAGAAUUUAUAUCCAAAACGUCUAGAUGGAAAACUGGUACAGGAAAAUUUUGACAAUCCGGAACAACACUACAGCUUUAUCAAAAGAAGCAUGAUUGCUGCAGCGGAAGAAGCCCUGGGAAGAUCCGAUAACACUCGAAGACCAAGAACGUACUGGUGGGACAAGGAAAUUGAGGAUCUCAUAAACGAUAAGAAACUAAAGUUCUCCAAGUUUCUAUGCACGAAAAAUGAUAAUGAUAAAAGAAAUUUCAAAGAAGCACAGACAAAAAUUUGUGUAAGCUCUAAUAAUGUUUCUCCUAAUCUCACUUUUCGCAAAUCAACUAAGAAAAGCAUUGCGGAGUCAACUCCAGUUAUUAGAAAUACUUACAAAAUAGAUCGAACCGAAACGAAAUCUAUAGACAUACUGAGUCCUAUAGCAGGUGCUGAAACUGUAGAAAAUGUCGAUGAUAACUACGAAGGAGUUCAUGAUACUGAAGAUACAAGCGGAGAUUUUAUAGAAGAUAAAAGCUCUGCAUGCGGCAUUGAUGACAUUAGACCCCCAAACAACGAGCAAAAAAUGAACAUGACAACCAUAUCUGUUUCUAAAACAUCUCCUGGUAAAUUCCAUAAUAAUUUAGAUGAAGCCUUAGCGAAACUUCAACUAAUAUUAAACAAUUUUUGUUUAGAUGAAUCUCUAGGUCAUAUAGACAAUACCAAUUUGAAGUAUGCAAUGUCAGAAGUCCAAGAGUAUGCUGACAUGUUUCCUAGAUACCCAGACAAAUUUCCUUUGUCGCUUAUUUCAGAUCAAAUACCGAGACUUAGAAAAGCAAAAUUUUAUAUCAGUUUAGAUAUGGCCAGCGGUUUCCAUCAGAUUCCCAUACAACCAGAAUCUAUAGAACGUACGGCAUUUGUUACUCCUGAUGGCCAGUUUGAAUUUUUAACAACGCCAUUUGGGCUUAAAAAUGCUCCUUCUGUUUUUCAACAAGUAAUUUUAAAAACAUUAGGUGAGCUCGCGUAUACUUUCGCAGUAGUUUACCUAGACGAUGUAUUAGUAAUUGCGGUUACAAUAGGGGAAGCGUUUGAAAGACAUCGAAUGGUAUUAAAAAUUCUUAGAGAUGCGGGAUUUCCAUUUAAUUUUUCAAAAUGUUCUUUCCUUAAAACAUCUGUUUCAUAUCUUGGGUAUGAAAUUAAAGACGGAGAAGUUCGUCCAAACCCUCGUAAAAUAAAUUCUCUAGCAAUGUUACAGCUUAGACACUUUCUUGGCCUAGCGUCUUACUUUCGACGAUUUGUCCCUAAAAUUUCACAAAUUAUGAAACCAUUACAUGCACUUACCUCAGGAAAAAAAUAUAUUGAAUGGAUUGAGGCACAUGAAAAUGGACAAUAAGUAAUUCGUAUUUUAACCAAUGAACCCGUCUUAAUUAUUUUUGACCCGGAUUAUCCCAUAGAACUGCAUACCGAUGCCAGUUCCGAUGGGUACGGAGCAAUACUUAUGCAUAAAGUAGAUGGUAAGAAUAAAGUUAUUGAAUAUUUCUGUAAAAGAACAAGUCCAGCUGAGUUCAGGUAUCAUUCUUAUGAACUCGAAACUAUGGCUGUUGUUAAAUCAAUAUCAAUAAAACACCUUCGGCAUUACUUGCACGGACGACAGUUUACCGUUGUGAGGGAUUGCAACUUUUUAAAGUCCUCUCAAAAUAAGAUUGACCUUAACGAUAGAGUACAUAGAUGGUGGGCUUUUCAAUUCGAUAUAGUUUAUAGAGAAGGCAAUCGCAUGGCUCUCGCGGAUUGCUUUUAUCGAAAUCCUUUGCCGGAUUUGUCAAAGCAAAUUAAUAAAAUUGAAGAGAAACGUGUAAAACUCGCGGAAUUAUCGGUCGGUUGGCUCCUUGCUGAACAAUGGCGCGAUUCGGAAAUUUCAGAAAUAGUCACUAAGUUACAAAGUGAUGAGCUAUCGGAAGACCUCUCAAAAUCUUACGAGAUUAAAGCCGGUACUAACCACGUACAUGAGUCUGUGAUGCACUUGGGUUGGGAUAAAACGCUUGAUGAAUAUUACUGGGUUGAGGGUAUGUCUAAAUAUGUACGUAAAUUUGUUGACAAUUAUAUUACUUGUAAACUCUCUAAAACCCACUCAGGUAAAAUUCAAGCUGAAUUGCAUCCUAUCCCCAAGACCCGCAUAACUUGGCAUAUUGUGCAUAUAGAUAUUACAGGUAAAUUGAGUGGUAAAAAUAAAACUAAGGAAUACGUGACUGUUAUUGAAGAUGGUUUUACCAAAUAUGUCUAUUUACAUCAUACUGCUACAGGUACUAGUAGGGUCAAUAGAUUCAAAAUCGGAGACCACGUUUUGAUAAGAAAUGAAGAACGUAAUCGAACGAAAUUUAGAGGUCCAUUCGUAGUAACAGAAUUACUUAGUUAUUACAGGUACAAACUAAAGUCUUUGGGUAAUAAUAGGAGCUUUCAGUAUAGUCAUGAUAAGUUAAGAAAGAUGCCUGAGAAUUAUAUUCCUAGUGAUUUGGAUGUUUGCUCGGACAAUGAAAGUUGUGUCAAAGAGACUGUUGAUGCGGGUCCUGAAAUAGGGACUAUAGUAGAAAAAGAGACCACCAAUGACGCGGCGCAUUGA